AUGGGAGACUACAGUCCGGUCAUGCACGAAGAGGCGCUUGUCGCGCGCAUACUGUCCCGCGCUAUUUACGGCCCAAAGUACCCCUAUGGCUCUACAUUCGAUGUCAUCUACAGCAGUGAAUCUAUGGGCGACGGCGACGGCGUUGUCUCAUGGCUCAUCGUCUACCCGCAACCGGACGCCGCCGUUUGGAAGACUGGAAAGGCUGUUUCCAACGACUGGAUUCCAGUCCUAAAGUCAGAGCGCAUCGUCAAACAACGUAACCCCCAUGCCUUUCCUCAGAUGUCGCCUCUCCUCCUCCAAAGAAGCUACUACAAUCUCAUCGAGAAGCUGCGUGUCCAGAUGGUCGAGACUAUGGCUACAAUGGAGAAGACAGAGGAGGCAGAGAAGCUUAAGAAGGACGACAUCAGCACUGAAAAGUGA